UUCAUCCUACCGCUCUCGUGACCAACGUUGGUAAUCGUACCUCAAAAUUGGGUCGCUCUAGCUCCUUGGGGAUUUUGCGUUCAUCAAUCAGCCAAUAGGCUAGUUUGAGAAAUCCCCAAGAAUGCUCCACAAUCCCUAGUCAGUCGUGUUUUGUUUCCUCAACAAUGAACAUUGUUAUCACCAUCAUCAUCUGUCUGUUGGUGGCCUCGGUGGCCUUGGCCACUCGACCUUUAUUGAGACCGGAAUUGUCCAUGUGCCAAUCGCGGAGGGCCCAUUUCGUGCAUCAAGGUCAGAACUAUCUGUUUUCCUGGAUCGACCAGACCGCUCCCAAAAUGGAUUGGAUUGACGCGCGGAACUUUUGCCGUCAAAGAUGUAUGGACGCCACCUCAAUCGAUUCGGCCAGCCAAUGGCAAGCCUUGAAGCGGGUCAUCGAGCCCACGCUGAGGGCGGAUAUGGGCGAUUUGUCAUCUCGAGAACCCGAGGAUCGGGUGCCGGCAAUUUGGACCUCUGGCCGGCUCUGCGACUUUGAUGGUUGCGAAAAAGCCGAACAUUUCAAGCCCAUUCACCUCAAAGGCUGGUUCUGGUCCAGUAAUAAUCAACGCAUGAGCGACACCGAUUGCGUGAGCGGACAAAGGCGAUGCUUUCACGAGUGGUCCAACCAUGGCAAGUUCGGCUUUCCUCAGCCCGACAGUCGCGAAUUGCGCGAGGAAGGCUUGGAGGGAAACGAAUCGUGUUUGGCACUCCUUUUCAACGCUUAUUCCUCUUCCUCUUCCUCCUCCUCUGCCAACAACAACUCGGCAGAAGCUGGGCUGAAAUGGCACGACAAGGCAUGCUACCACAAGAUGCAUUUCGUUUGUCAAGAUUCCAAGACCCUUCUCCGAUACGCCCGACGAAAAUGGAGAGGGACCAACAUCCCCUAAAAAGUUCCUAGACCAAGGAAAAAAAGAAAGUAGAAUAAAACCGCCUGUUCCUCUCGAAAAA